GUCCUAUCUGAGUCUUGCUCGACCACCCGGAAAUUUCAACCUCUGUCCAGUUUUAGCUGAAGAAAGCAGGGAGUAGAAAUAUACUCUCUCAUGGCAGUCGAAUGGAAUUGAUACCGGUUCACUCCUCUAUUUCCAUAUAGGAUUAAACGGCAGAUCUCAUCGCCGUUAACUCCAUCAACUCGUGAUCUAUGAUCUCCAUAUCCAAUUGAAUCGAGAGAAUUGAGAAUUCAAUUAAUUCGGAGGGAAAUGGCGGGAGCAGCGUCGGCGCUGUUCCUACUGGACAUCAAGGGUAGGGUGCUCGUGUGGCGCGACUACCGUGGAGACGUCUCCGCCGUACAAGCCGAACGAUUUUUCACCAAACUCAUCGAGAAAGAGGGUGAUCCAGAGUCUCAGGAUCCUGUUGUAUAUGACAAUGGCAUCACAUAUAUGUUUAUACAACACAACAAUGUGUAUCUCAUGACUGCAUCACGACAAAACAGCAAUGCGGCUAGCCUUCUUCUGUUCCUGCACCGAGUAGUUGAUGUCUUUAAACAUUACUUUGAAGAGUUAGAAGAGGAAUCGCUUAGGGAUAAUUUUGUCGUAGUGUAUGAGUUACUUGAUGAAAUUAUGGACUUUGGCUACCCGCAAUACACUGAAGCAAAGAUCCUCAGUGAGUUCAUAAAGACUGAUGCUUAUAGAAUGGAAGUAGCACAGAGGCCUCCAAUGGCUGUUACAAAUGCAGUGUCAUGGCGCAGUGAAGGAAUACGUUAUAAGAAGAAUGAAGUGUUUCUUGAUGUUGUGGAAAGUGUCAACAUACUAGUGAAUAGUAAUGGCCAAAUAAUUAGGUCAGAUGUUGUCGGGGCACUAAAAAUGCGGACGUACUUGAGUGGUAUGCCUGAGUGUAAGCUUGGGCUGAAUGAUAGAGUUUUGCUUGAGGCACAAGGGCGAGCUACUAAGGGAAAAGCCAUUGAUCUGGAUGACAUCAAGUUUCAUCAGUGUGUGCGGUUGGCUCGAUUUGAGAAUGACAGGACAAUAUCCUUCAUUCCUCCUGAUGGAUCUUUUGAUCUCAUGACUUACAGGCUCAGCACUCAGGUGAAGCCUCUAAUAUGGAUAGAAGCUCAGGUAGAAAGGCAUUCUAGGAGCCGUAUAGAAAUUAUGUUAAAGGCAAGGAGCCAGUUCAAGGAGCGAAGCACUGCAACUAAUGUUGAAAUUGAGUUGCCCGUGCCACCUGAUGCUACCAAUCCAAAUGUUCGUACAUCAAUGGGGUCUGCUGCUUAUGCGCCCGAAAAAGAUGCAUUAAUAUGGAAAAUAAAAUCUUUUCCAGGUGGUAAGGAAUAUAUGCUAAGAGCAGAGUUUAGGCUUCCCAGUAUACAGUCAGAUGAAUCAGCUGCAGAGAGAAAGGCUCCUGUCCGAGUGAAGUUUGAAAUACCAUAUUUUACUGUUUCAGGAAUACAGGUUCGUUACUUGAAGAUCAUUGAAAAAAGUGGCUAUCAGGCUCUUCCAUGGGUGAGAUACAUUACAAUGGCUGGUGAAUAUGAGCUGAGACUUAUGUGAUCACUGCUUUCGCCAAUGGAAAACCUUAGCGUACGAUGCCUAAAUGAUCAACAACCAUGGAGAUCAUUUGUCCCUCCUUGAAGAGGUGACUAAAGAGAAAAUCAUCAUCUGGGAGUUUCUGUUCCAUCUGCUUAAUUCUCUUUGUAUCAUGGGAACUUGUAGUAGCUGAUGGCACAAUAAUCAUUUGCUUACCUUAUUUUUACGAAAGUGCAAAUUUUUGUAUUGAGUCAACUGUUUGCAUGAUUGUAGAAAAACAAAAGUUGAUACAUGGAUAAUUGUACUUAUUUGGAGAACUUUUUCGAGGGAAAGAUAACUCUGCCACUCGGGAUUCAUCAGCUUAUUC